AUGCCACACGAAGAGCCUCAUAUAGUUCGACGUCGUGCUAUUUUAAAAAAAUAUCCUUAAAUAAAAGAAUUGUAUAAAAAAGAUCCAAUAAGUGCCUAUUUAGCAAUUAUAGUAACUUCUAUUUAACUUUGUAUUGCCUAUUUUAUCUAAAAUACUUCUUGGCCAAUUUAUUUAUCAACAAUUUAUGUAUUUGGUGCCUCCUUGAACCAUACAAUGUUCGCAUUAUUGCACGAUUUAACACAUUAUACAGCAUUCGAAAAUAUAAAUAUAAACCGUUUUAUGGCUUUUAUAACAAAUAUUACAUCAUGUAUUCCAUCAGCAAUGGCUUUUACACAUUAUCAUAGAGAACAUCAUUUAGAUUAAGGAAAUCCUUAAAGAGAUGCUGAUUUACCAACACAAUGGGAAAUAAAUACUUUUAAUACUCCAAUAAGGAAGAUUUUUUUUUUAUUUUUUCAUAUUCUUUUUUAUGCAAUUAGACCUCUAUAUAUAAAUCCAAAAGGAAUUAAUAUGCCUGACAUUCUAAAUUUUGCAUUUAUUAUGUCUACAGACUAUCUUAUUUACACUUAUAUUGGUCCUUAUGCUUUAUUAUACCUAUUACUAAGCGGAUUUUUUGCACUCGGACUACAUCCUUUGGCAAUGCAUAUAAUUGCGGAACAUUAUGAAUUUGUGAAAGGACAAGAAACAUAUAAUUAUUUUGGUAUAUCGAACUUUUUCAACCUUAAUUUAGGUUAUCAUACAGAACAUCAUGAUUUUCCGAUGGUUCCUUGGAGAUCUUUGCCAAAAAUAAGAAAGAUUGCACCAGAAUUUUAUUAAGAUUUACCUUUUCAUACUAGUUAUUUGAAAGUUGCUAUUUAAUAUAUUUUCGAUAAUGAAAUUGGACCGUAUUCAAGAAUUGAUACUACUAAUUUAAAGAUUAAAAAAUAAUGAUAAUAUUAAAUAUAUAAAAUAAUAUAUAUAAAAAAAUAUAACUUUUAGGAUUUUUUUUAUUAAUUAUAAAAAAAUAU